CCACAUUGGAUGAGGAGGACCUGGUGGACUCCACCAGUGACGACAUCUACCCAUCGUCACCCAUGCAGCUCACCCGGGCCUGUGCCUGACCGAGCCGUGCAUUAAUGUGGCCAGCGCGGUGAUGAGAGCCCUGGACCGAUCCGUCGACCCCUGCCACGACUUCUACAACUAUGCCUGCGGGGGCUGGGUGAAGAAAAACCCCCUCCCCGAGGGCAAGUCCCGCUGGGGACCUUUCAGCGACCUGUGGGAGCACAACAUUCUUGCGAUGAAGCAUUUACUGGAAAACACGUCGAUGAAAGGUCUGAGUAAAGCCGAGGAAAAGGCCCAGCGGUACUAUCAGGCCUGCAUGAACGAGGUCAAGAUUGAGGAGUUGGGGGCCAAGCCGCUGCAGGAGCUGAUCAGCCAGAUAGGAGGAUGGGCCCUGACGGGACCCUGGGACAAGAACAACUUCCAGGAAGUGUUGCGUAUGGUGUCGGCCAACUAUCACACCUCGCCUUUCUUCACCGUGUUCGUCAGCACCGACUCCAAAAACUCCAACAGUAACAUCAUCCAGGUGGAUCAGUCCAGCUUGGGGCUUCCUUCCCGGGAUUACUACCUCAACCAAACGGCAAAUGAAAAGUAUCUGACGGCGUACCUCAACUUCCUGACGGAGUUGGGGGUUCUCCUGGGCGGCGCCCAAGAGACGUCUCGGACGCUGAUGGCCGAGAUCGUGGACUUUGAAACUAACCUGGCCAACAUCACGGUCCCCCAGGAGGAGAGACGAGACGAAGAGCUCAUCUACAAUAAGAUGGAGGCCAAGGACCUGACGACUCUGAUUCCAGCUGUGGACUGGAUGCCGUAUCUCACAGAGGUGUUUGCCCCCGUGCCGCUCAACCAGUCGGAGCCGGUGGUGGUUUAUGCCAAAGAAUACCUGCAGCAGGUUUCUGACCUCAUAACUAAGACAAAUAAAAGCCUACUCAACAACUUUAUGAUAAUGAAGGUGGUGAGGAAGAUGGGGUCCAUUUUGGACCAACGGUUCCAGGACGCGGAGCAGCGCUUCCUUGAGGUCAUGUACGGAACAAAGAAGAGCUGCACGCCGCGCUGGAAGCUGUGCGUCAGCGACACGGACAGCGCCCUGGGCUUCGCCCUGGGAGCCAUGUUCGUCAAAGCCACCUUCGCCGAGGACAGCAAGGCCAUUGCGGAAGAGAUGGUCGGCGACAUUAAAUGGGCAUUUGAGGACAGCCUGAGGAAUGUCAGGUGGAUGGACUCGGAGACAAAAAAAGCAGCAAAAGAAAAGGCAGAUGCUAUAUACAACAUGGUUGGCUAUCCGGAGUUCAUCAUGAACGCCACAAAGCUGGACAAAGUGUUUAAUGAUUUUGAGGUGGUCUCCGAGCUCUACUUCCAGAACGUCAUGCAGUACUACAACUUCUCGGCCAGAGUGACCGCGGACCAGCUGAGGAAAACUCCCAACAGAAACCAGUGGAGCAUGACGCCUCCGACCGUGAACGCGUAUUACAACCCGACCAAGAAUGAGAUGGUUCUGCCGGCGGGAAUCCUUCAGGCUCCGUUUUACAGCCGCUCCUGGCCCAAAGCUCUUAACUUCGGUGGAAUCGGAGUCGUCAUGGGACAUGAACUGACUCACGCUUUCGAUGACCAAGGGAGGGAAUACGACAAGGAUGGAAACCUGCGUCCCUGGUGGAAGAACUCUUCGGUGGAGGCCUUCAAGCAGCAGACGCAGUGCAUGGUGGAGCAGUACGGCAAUUACAGCAUCAACCAGGAGCCCCUGAAUGGGAAGCACACCCUGGGAGAGAACAUCGCCGACAACGGUGGCCUCAAGGCCGCCUACAAGGCCUAUGUGAACUGGAUCGAAAAGAAUGGCGAGGAGGCCUCACUACCUGCCCUGGGAAUGACCAACCACCAGCUCUUUUUUGUAGGAUUCGCACAGGUAUGGUGCUCAGUCAGGACGCCCGAAAGCUCACACGAGGGCGUCAUCACGGAUCCUCACAGCCCGUCCAGGUUUCGAGUCAUCGGCACCAUCUCCAAUUCACAAGACUUCUCAAAGCACUUUGGCUGCAAAGCAGACGCCCCCAUGAACCCGAAGCACAAGUGCGAGCUCUGGUGAUUCGCCGCGUCGCUGUUAAUCAGCGAGGAGCGAAACGGACGUUUGGGGGCGAACACAUUGACAGACUCUCUCCAGAGUGACGGAAGAACCACUGAAACUCUUACUGCCGUGCCACUGCUUUCAGGACGACAUUUGCCUGCUCUGACUGGAGGAUUGCAAUCUUCAGUGCUUCUCCUCAAGGAUUGUUGGUUGAGAAAACUGCUUUCCCCAACUUCUGAAGUUAAAUGUAGAACUAUGAACGGGCACUGGAAACCCAGCAAAUUGUGUAAAAAUUGGAGAAUCACUCUCCAAUUUCGUGAAGUUGCCGGUCACAAAGUCGUGCAUGUGUUCUUUUUUCUUUUCUUCUCCACUGUGCGUGGGAAUUCUCCCAUUUCAAUUUCUUAUUGUAUUUUAUUCGGGGUCACAAAUUUUUAACCUGAUGAAAAUAUAUAGACAGUUUUAAAUAAUGUGCGUUUUAAUACUCAAGUUGUACUUGAACCAUUGCAAUAUUUAACACUUUGCGUACCUUUCGGUCUAACUCUUAUGUUUUAUAGAGAUAUGGAUGUGAUAUUUGAUAUUUGUGUCCCGUUGCCGUGGCUUAAUUUCUGUAAUGGAAAAGCAAAGCAAAUCAGACACAAAAUGGAGGAAUUAAGACAUUCACAGCAAUAACGUUUUAAAAUGCAAACUAUUUUUUCAUCCAGAACGUGGUCAUAGGCCAACCUAUGAUGUGCCAUACCUGUUUUUGUGAGUAAGAGUUUGUCACAAAUUAUUUUGUAUAGUAAAACCAGUCUUAAAACCAA